UGUGUGUGUGUGUGGGUGCGUGUGUGCGUGCGUGUGUGUGUGUGUCAUUUGGUGCUGCUGCUAACUGAUAUGUCAGAAAAUCAAUUAAUUACUUUUAAGCGGCAGUUAACUGCAUCCGCACAAUACACCCCAUGAAUUAUAGAUGAAGUGUGUGUGCAUCUGUGUGUGUGUGUUUGUGUGUGCGGUAGAAUCGGCUACUCUGUUAACUAGAGACAAUUGCUAACUUCUCCGUCAUUGAUCAAUUGAUGAGAGUGCUUCGAUACAAAUCUACUGAGCUCUGAAGUGUCUGAACUGACUCUUCCAUGUCUGCUUUGGUGUGUGUGUGUGUGUGUGUGUGUGUGUGUGCGUGUGUGUGUGUGUGUGUGCGUGUGCGUGUGUGUGUGCGUGUGCGUGUGUGUGUGUGUUUCUAAUUUAAAAUAAUAGCAAUCCAACCUUUUACAUUUGCAGUUCUUAUUACUGGAGGGGAUUUCUUAAACCUCCACAUCAUUUUUCCUUUUCCCCAAAUGUGCUGGAUCACAUAAUGAACAGAGGAUCUGAUGAACAUGAUCAGAGACAGCCAUGACUAAGCACAAAGAUGUAAUAAGACACAAUAUACCACCAAACGCUCCAUUGGACUGUUGCUCUUUCAUUAAAGAUGAUGAUUAUAAUUAUAGGAAACUUCAUUGAACACAUUUCUCACAGGAGACAUAAAGUGCUGCUCCUUAAAAUCAUGAAACAACUGUAGAAAGUUCUACAUCACACUGAAAUGUGUGAGUAUCAGCUUCAAAAGGAUUUAACAACAACGAUAACGAAAUCCUAAAUGUGUGUGAAACAAUAACUGAGCUCAGUGUUUGGACAAUGAGACGCAUGUUUCAGUGAAUAAUAUUACUGACACUGAUGGCCCAUGAGUUAUGGACAUGUGUGUUCAUGGGAUUGAUAGUGUCUUUGAGGCUAUUGAAGGCAAUUUAUUUAUGAAAUGUGACCUUUGAUUCUUGGAACUUGUUAAUACUGGAUUAAGCACAGGAAUUUAAUUUAUCUCUUUCCAAAUCCUAAAUUCCCUAUCUACUUUAACAUUAGAGUAUUCAAUGAUCUAAUAAAUUACAUUUUCAUCUUCUAAAUUCAUAUUUUCAACUGUAAUUCCAUCACUUUCCUGUUGCCCUUAUAUCUGUAUGCACAAUUCAUUAAUAAAAAUGAAUCAGGCUUUAAAAUCAUUUCAGGGUAUAACAAUCUGAUUUGAUCACUGAAUAUUUUCAGACACUUUUACUAAAUACUUUGGUAUAAUUUUGGUUUAUUCAUCAAAUUCUUUCUCUCUAAAUAAUAAAGAGUUUUAAAGGAAGAUGUUCAGGUAUUCACCACAACAACAUCCUAAGUUUAAAUAAUAAUAAAUACAUAAAUAAUAGUGAACUCAAUAUGAACUUAUGUUAAAACAUGUUUCUGUUGAACCUGGGAACUCAUCUGUCCACCUCAACAAAGGAUCCUGAUGGACUCGGCAUAACACACUACAUGACACCAGCAGGUAACACUCUGUUAACAAGUCCAGGUCCUUCUGUGAGAUCAGGCUGCCUGUGUCCAUCAUUGUGCUGCACACGGCACAGGUCUCAGGGUAGUCUGGUACCUCGGUGUGCAGCCUGUGGCCUGCAGGUCUUCAUCCAGCAGCUCACCAUUGUGUUACCUCAUUAGGGGAUAGAUAGUGACUCAACAGACAUUUACUGAAAUAAAAACCUUCAAGAUUGCCACUUUAAACUACGAUCAGAGCACCAGAUCGGAUGUAUGUUUAUAGAUGCUUUAAUUCCAGUGAUGAAGUGUUAAAGGUGCUGAUGAGGAACCAGAGGAGGUCUUCUUUUCCCCAGACUCUCCCCAUCCCUCCAUCGAUCCCUCGCUCAGGGUGGCAGCGUGUGUGUGUGUGUGUGUGUGUGUGUGUGUGUGUGUGUGUGUGGUAUUGAUCCUCACCGUGCCACUGUCACUGGCCUCAGGGUGGCCUCAGCUCAGGGGACGACGGGGACAGACAGCCGCUGGCAGAGAGAGAGGGGCGUCACUUCUUUUUCCUCUUCAUGUUUAUAGUGUAGAACUGAAACUGGAUGUUUAUGACCCUGAGACUCUUGUCCCUGCAUACAACAAAGUGCACCUUCAUGGAGCAUGGCACAUUCUUUUUCCAUUAGUUACACUGCAAGGGACGGCUGUGAGAAAAUACAAGCCGUGUCAAAUACAGCAAUACGUACAUUGUAAUUUAUAACAAGUAGGAGGCCGGUUACACUGAAGCCCGUCCCUGGUGAGCUUAAUAUGAGGGCUCUUAUUUUACACAGGAGGAACCCCUGAAAACCUGAAAAUCACAUUCUGGGGGAAUCUCUAAAAUGAAGAAAUUAAUUUAGUAUUCAUACUCCAAAACAUUUUAGCAUUGUGGAAUGGUGAAAGGCGAGGAUGAGCACAGCGAUGUGUCAGACAGCGAGCAGCUGCAUGGAUAUUACACAGCACACAUUGUAGAUAUAGGUUGAAUACAGUAAUACAACUCUGUGGUCGUCUUCUUCAUGGGAGUCUCUAAAGUCCAAUAAACAAUAAUCCAUAUGCAAAAUAGAAGUCCUUACUUAUCCAAAGGAUGAACUUUCAUCUCUCCAGUCUAAUGUGGACUACACCCUCACUUUGUGUUAGCAGAUCAUUAUGAAAGGGCUCCUGCUGUACCAAACCAUGCGUCUGCCUACCAGAGCACCGUAGUGCGGUUUAGAGCGGAACCACAUACAGCACGAGCUGAGCUUUGUGGGCCUGGUUUGGGCCCACUGUGAACAAAUACCUCAGACAACCACUGUGGCUCAACAUGAGCCAGUAACACACACUGUUGGUCUGAGGUUGCCAUUGAGGAUUACAGGGCUGUCGCUCACACGUGUCAGUGUACACACACAGUCUGUCUCCCUCUGAAACACACACACAGGGAGCUCUGUGGUGAUGUCACCAGCCAAAGGGCUUCUGGGAGAGUCAAUGUGGGGAGCUCACUGUCCACCAGUGUGUGUGUGUGUGCGUGUGCGUGUGCAGUGGUCACCUUGAGGUUUAGUUCAUCUCUAAUCAGCUUUAACCAGCAGAGAGCAAAUGUUGUGUUAACAAUAACGUUAUGAAUGAACUUAUGUUGAAGUAGUAGAUUAGGGGGAUCAGAAGGGGUUAAAUUAGGGACAGGAGACGAGGUCAUGUGACCUCCAGCGCAUUACAUUCAGUCUCAAUGAACAGAUUGAUACUUCUAGUUGUAUUAUUUCCUGCUGACUUGGCGAAAGGUUUUGUUUGGAUCCUGUGUGCAGCAAUGAUCCGCCAGGUAUCUACUAUUUCAUGUUUUAUUGGCUAUUGAUCAAAUCUGGGUUUAGUCUGAUUUUCGGGACAAUCAGGACAGGGUUCGGGAGGACUGCUUGUUAUUCGGGACUGUCCCACAUUUUCCGUGGUGUCUGGUCACCAUUAACAGAGUAUUAUAGAAACACAAUAUGUGGGUCAGUAUCCAACAUCUUCUUUAAAACAGGUAAUAUACAUAUUUAGUAUUAACAAAGUUGAAAAUAAAGUCUUGAAGCUCAAUUGAUGAAACAUUUGUCUGUAAAAUAUAAAACAUAUUCAAACCCCCCCGGCUGGUCUGGACGCCAUAAACAAUUCAUUCAUUCAAUUCAUUCAAACUCAUUUAAGUUAAGCUGUUGUUUAAGACAGGACUGUAGUUAGAACGAGUUUGUUGGUUUUUAGCUUUUCUAGCUAACUAGCGCAUCAGAGGCAAAGCAGCCAGUUUCUAUUAAUGUCAGAGCUCCACAUAACAUGGCAGUGAUGGCUAGCUUGUCACUAGCAACAUCUGUAUCCAUCUGAUUUAUGAACACGGAUCCAAAACGUAGUGAAUGGACAAUGCAGCCAUCAGCAGCUUCAGUACAAACUAACUCAUAUCACUCAAGUGUGUGACCUCAAUUUUCAACCAGAACUUCCAAAUAGCAAGAAAAGGGGGAGGGGGAGAGGGAGGAAAGGAGGGAUGGAGAAAACAGGAGAAAAAUCAUUUGAGUAGCUAAAUGAAAUUAGCAGCUUUAAAGAGCCUGAGGGCAAAGUGGAGUCGUGUCCCCUGUGGCUACGCUUUAGAGAAGGAAGGGAAUGAAUUAAGCUUGACUGGCUCCUCGCCUCUUACUCCCUCACUCUUUUCUGCUUUUUACUAAUAUGUAGGGUGAGAUGGGGGGGGAGGGGGUAUAAAAGCCGUUUGAGAAGGUGAGGACAGGCUGGAGCUCUUCUUUGUCGAAUGAGUUUUCUGAAUCUCUUUGAAGUGUUUUUGUUGACUUUUAACUUUGGAAUCCUCGACAACAAAAAGUUAAAGACACACCUUAUUUAUUUGUUCCUUCUUUUAUUUUUUCUAUUUCUUCCCAUUUCCCUCUUGCUGUUUUCCCUCUUUGUCUUUUCAUUUUUACCCUUGAUACCCUCUGCUCUCUUCCCCGCUGGGUGUUGGAAAUUUGGCCCCAGCUGUUGCUGCUUCUGCACCCAGGAUUGAAGCAUGAACCCUGGGACGUUCUCCACCUCUGGCCCCCUGUCCUGGGCCAUGUACCUGAUGAGGAAGGGCCGGACAGGCAGCGGACUCUUUGACCCAGCCCCGGGCCGGCGCUACACCCCCCCCUCCACCACCCUGGCCUCGGGGGGGAAGAUGGCCGAGGCCCUGCCUCUGGGCACCCAGGGGGCCGGAGGGGCCGCUCUGGUGGGCAAACUGCGCAUGGCUGACCGCGGGAUGGUGGAGGUGAUCUCAGAUCAUCCAGGUGAGCUGUCCAAGACUGACAGUCCCAACUUCCUCUGCUCGGUGCUGCCCACACACUGGAGGUGCAACAAGACGCUGCCCAUCGCUUUCAAGGUGGUUGCCCUGGGCGACACCCCCGAUGGCACCCUGGUAACGGUGAUGGCAGGAAAUGAUGAGAACUUCUCUGCUGAGCUUCGCAACGCCACAGCCGCCAUCAAGAACCAAGUGGCCAGAUUCAACGACCUGCGCUUUGUCGGCCGCAGUGGAAGAGGGAAGAGUUUCACUCUUACCAUCACUGUGUUCACCAACCCUCCUCAGGUGGCCACAUACCAGAGAGCCAUUAAAAUCACCGUGGACGGUCCUAGAGAGCCACGGCGUCAUCGUCAGAAGAUGGACGAAGUCAAAUCCGGCUCCCUGGCUUUCUCCGAGAGGCUAACAGAGCUGGAGCAGCUGAGACGGAGCUCGAUGAGGGUGACGCCUCCUCACCACCAUCACCAUCAACACUCCACUAACACCCGCCAAUCUGCAGCACUCAACUCUGCCACCUUCUCCAGCCCUACACACGCUCAGAUAACUGCUGACUCCAGACAGAUGCAGGCGUCUCCAUCUUGGUCCUACGACCAAUCCUAUCCCUACCUUGGCCAGAUAACCACGCCCAGUGUCCACACAGCCAAUCCCCUUUCGCCUGGUCGGUCGUCGCUCAGUGACUUGACGUCACGACUCACAGGUCCCGACCUCACGGCCUUUGGCGACCCCAGGAUGACCUUAGAACGACCUUUCACCUCCCUUCCCUCCUUGCCUGAGUCUCGUUUCUCCGACCCCCGGGUCCACUACCCUCCCACAGCGGCCGCCUUCACCUACACCCCCUCUCACAACGCCGUCUCUAACGGCGCCCUCGGCCUCGCCAUGGCGACCACUCCAGCGGGGAGGUAUCACACCUACCUGCCUCCGCCCUACCCGGCGAACACCCCCCACCAGGCUCAAAAUGGGCCCUUCCAGUCCACCUCCUCGCCGUAUCACCUGUACUACUCCACCGCCGCCGGCGCAUACCAGUUCUCGAUGAUGGCCGGGGGAGGCGGCAGCAGUGACUCGCGCUCCCCGCCGAGGAUCCUGCCGCCGUGCACCAACGCCUCCACAGGCUCCUCCCUCCUGCACCCCUCUUUGCCCAAUCAGAAUGAAGGAGUGGGUGUAGAGGUGGAGUCAAGCCACAGUAGCUCCCCAACAAACAUGGCAGCUGCUGAAGCGGUCUGGAGACCUUACUGAACCCGGAUAGGCGGUUUAAGGCGACCACCUGGUCAUGUGGCGGCAGACAGCGGACAUCACUAAACACAAACACAUAAAUCACUACUCUGUAUGUGGCUCUCAGCUCCAGGCUAUUGUUGUUUCUGUUUUGAAAAGGCUCAGUCAUUUUCCAACACAGCUGGUCACUGUAGUGUUUAUCAAACAUUACUCAAACAGGAGGAAGUCAUGCAUUUCUUCAGGACUAUUUUCAGCUGCAGAUUAAUCCACAUUUGGUGCCCGAGUGAUAUUUUGUGGCAGCAGGACGUGUAUCUGGGACCAAGUGAAGAGAAACUACAGUGUGUUCAUGGUGAUGAAGAAACGUGUCAGCCAGAGCAACAGUGAGUGUUUUAAUGGAGCUCUAUGGCUCAGAGGAAGAGGAGAUAGCAGGUGUUUGAUAAAUGUUAAAUGUCACCUGAGCACAUGUCAUAUUUGGAAAAACAGCACCCAGUACUGAGCGUCAUCACUUGACCAGGAGCCAGUGUAAAACUACUGACAAAACAAGCAGAAUGACAGCAGUGAGUGGGCUUGUUUGGUCAUAUGAACCCAACAUCCCGGUGUCACUGUCAGGACAUAGAAAAGAACAGGAGAGAAGAUGUAAUAGGGACAGAUACACAGAGAGAAGCAGGGUCAAAGUGCAUGCAGCAGCACUGGACUGAUCUCAGCUUCCUUUGUAAAAUAACAAGACUUCAUCCUCAUAAAUGUUGUUGGUGUUGUGUAUUGAUCAUUUUGCUCAUGCCUGUUUGUGUUUACCUUCAUCUUUCCAUCACUCUCUCUACCCCAUGACUUCACCACUCCUCUCUGCUUCUUGGUUGACAUUUUUUACAGAAAAACGGAGCCUAUCAUCUCCUGAAGAAAUGAAAGAAACACGAUCACGUCACUGACUGUGGGUGUUUUAUGGCCCCUGAGGCAAAUGUGGACAAAACCUAUGACAUGAUUGACGAAUCUUAACUUUACAUUGGUUGAGCCAGUCCGUCGAUUACAUAUUCAUUACAGACGGCCCUCACCAGACUGGAUUCUGAGAUCAGAUCAGAUUUCUAGUGAGAAACCAUUACAGCAUGGAGUUUAGUCAAAUGCUUUAAUUUAUUUUUGCAAUACCAUUUUAGUAGCAUUUCAUGUGUGUGUGUGUGUGUGUGUGUGUGUGUGUAUGUCACAUUUACCCAUGAUCCACUGUUGAUGUGUACUGUAUAUAAUCAGGGCUGUAAAUGACACCUGCAGUUGAUCAUGUUUUCAUCACCCCUUCCUCUCUCUCUUUGUCUCUCUCACACACACAUAAUUUUGUUUUGGCAUCGUUGAUGGUGCACAUUUGGUUUUGAGUUACAUAAACAUUCUUGCAAUGAAAAUACAACUCUUGUCCUGUGUUACUGGUCGUCUGAUGUGUUUUAUCGAUGAUCUUUCUCUUUCUAUAGAAUUCACUCCUGCAAGUUGCCACCUGUAUCUAUGACAAACUAUUCCCAAACACCGCACACACCCACACCCUCAGACACAAACAUUUAUCCUUUGCUAUUCCUGAACCUGUAGGAAUUUCAACAGGCAAACAGACAAGCCCUAGCUUGUCUGUUUAGACACAUACACACAGAAGUUGCCAAAUAAGGGUGAAGUGCAGCCAGGCAGUGAAUACACAGUAUGAAGAGAUGAUGUACUGCAGGAGAAGGACAAAGUGGUAGAGCGUUGUCCUUCAAUCAGACAUUCUUAAGACAUUCGGCGGUUCGAUCCCCGGCUCCGCUAGUCCAUGUCGAUGUGUACUUGGGUAAGACACUUAAUUCCAAAUUGCUCACGUAGCUGCUCACGGUGUAUGAAUGGGUGUGAAUGUUAGAUAGUCCU